AUGAGUGUGCUGCUACAGUUGCUGUUGCUCCCUCUAUUGGCGACGGCGUCGCCAGCCAUCGACCUCUCUCCGCCUGGGAACGAUGUCUGUCUCGACGAGUCCUCCAUCCGGUCUGUGGCGGCGAACCUCAACGCUAAUGCACCUGCCACCGGCUCCGACGUCUCCGAGAAGAAGGAUCUCCCGGUCUUCUUCUUCCACGGGCUCACGGGCAACAGCGGGGAAGGUUCCAACUUGCAAGCGAACUUGACGGCUGAAGGGCGCGUGUUCCCUUGGCUUUCUGUGGUGGCAAGCGAUCAACGCUUCGCCGAUAUCUACAUCUUCAUCGGGCGUUCCCAAGGAGCGAUGAUAGCUCGCGCGGUGAUCGAGCAGAUGGACGACCACAAGGUGCACACGUACGUGAGCCUGGCAGGAGGAGUGAACGGCAUUUUCUACGGCCCUCAAGAGGCCGACCGCAACUCGAUCCACGACUUAGGAGCGGGCUUUGGCGCAGCCGUCCUGCCGCAAAAUCUGUUUGACUUUACGGGGUACACACCCGAGGGCUACAGAGGGAAGAUGCAAGCCGACUUUGCACGUCGAUGUAUGGACCCCAAGCUCCAGGCCACCUACUCCUACACGAACUUAGGACGAAUUCCAGUGCGUGACGUCUGGCUGGCGACUAACGAGUUCCUACCCAUGAUCAACAACGUGAAUAUUUGCGCGUGGUUUGAUUUCCACUGCCACUUGGAGAAGAUUCGCCGCAAAAACAACUUUCUGAGACUGAAGGAGGCGCAUUUCUUCGCUUCUCCGGACGAUGGCGCGGCGUCACCAUGGCAAAUGGGUCUGCUUGAACACUACAGCGAGGUUGAGACACUGGAAGAACUUGAGACUAGGUUCGAGAGCCUCACGAUCGUAGAGAUGCGUGAUACAGUCGAGUACAAGGACGACACGUACGGCUUGCGCACGCUGGAUGAAAGGGGAGCGUUGUUCCGCUACCCGGUCCCCGGGGUUCCGCACUGCUGUUGGUUGUAUGACACCCCCAAGUUUCACGAGGAGGGCUUGUGUAAGUUCCAUCCUGUUUUUGACGAGUACGUGUACAAGGUGCUUCGGUAG